GCCAUAUAGAGGCUUGGGGGUCAAGCGUAGCCUCUUCUCCUUUACCAAGAUGGCGGCUCGCUCCUGUUUCGACACAGCCUCCACCGUAUGAGCUGGGUCUCCCUGCGCUGAGAGAGCAGAGAAGCUGGCAGGCUGACGGACGGGCGGCAACAGGACGGACUUUCUGGCUACUGACCAUUUAGCUGUGGCAUACCCGGAUUGUGUGUAGGUGGGAUAUCGACAAUGAGCUCUGUUGCAGUUUUGACCCAGGAGAGCUUUGCAGAGCACCGCAGUGGACUGACCCAGCAGCAGAUUAAAGUCGCUGCUUUAAAUUCAGAAGAUGAAAGUGACCCUCCAACUUACAAAGAUGCCUUCCCUCCACUUCCUGAGAAGUCUGCUUGUUUGGAAGCAGCUCAGGAGCCUGCUGGGGCCUGGGGCAACAAGAUCCGACCCAUUAAAGCCUCCAUCAUUACUCAGGUGUUCCAUGUGCCCCUGGAGGAGAGGAAGUACAAGGACAUGAACCAGUUUGGGGAAGGGGAGCAAGCCAAGAUCUGCCUCGAGAUCAUGCAGAGGACCGGUGCUCACCUGGAGUUAUCCCUUGCCAAAGACCAAGGCCUCUCCAUCAUGGUCUCUGGAAAGCUGGAAGCGGUCAUGAAGGCUCGGAAGGACAUUGUUGCAAGGCUGCAGACACAGGCUUCAGCAACGGUGGCCAUUCCCAAAGAACAUCAUCGCUUUGUCAUUGGCAAGAAUGGUGAGAAACUACAGGACUUAGAACUCAAAACUGCAACCAAGAUCCAGAUUCCUCGCCCAGAAGAUCCCAGCAACCAGAUCAAGAUCACUGGCACCAAGGAGGGCAUCGAGAAAGCCCGGCAUGAAGUCCUGCUGAUCUCGGCUGAGCAGGACAAGCGUGCGGUGGAGAGGCUCGACGUGGAGAAGGUGUUCCACCCGUUCAUCGCAGGACCCUACAACAAGCUGGUGGGUGAGAUCAUGCAGGAGACGGGCACACGCAUCAACAUCCCGCCGCCUAGUGUGAACCGCACUGAGAUCGUCUUCACCGGAGAGAAGGAGCAGCUGGCGCAGGCCGUGGCCCGCAUCAAGAAGAUAUACGAGGAGAAGAAAAAGAAGACCACCACCAUCGCAGUGGAGGUGAAGAAGUCUCAGCACAAGUACGUCAUCGGGCCCAAGGGCAACUCCCUACAGGAGAUUCUGGAGAGAACCGGAGUGUCCGUUGAGAUCCCCCCCCCAGACAGUGGCUCGGAGACGGUGAUCCUGCGCGGCGAGCCGGAGCGGCUAGGGCAGGCGCUGACUGAAGUCUACGCCAAGGCCAACAGUUUCACAGUCUCCUCUGUCUCUGCUCCAUCUUGGCUUCACCGUUUCAUCAUAGGCAAGAAAGGGCAGAACCUGGCCAAAAUCACUCAGCAGAUGCCAAAGGUUCAUAUAGAGUUUACUGAAGGAGAGGAUAAGAUCACACUGGAAGGACCCACCGAGGAUGUGGAUGUGGCUCAGGAGCAGAUCGAGGCCAUGGUCAAGGAUCUGAUUAACCGAAUGGAUUAUGUUGAGAUUAAUAUUGACCACAAGUUUCACAGACAUCUGAUUGGAAAGAAUGGUGCCAACAUAAACAGAAUCAAAGAUCAGUACAAGGUCUCUGUGAGAAUCCCUCCUGAUAAUGAAAAGAGCAACUUGAUCCGGAUUGAGGGGGACCCUCAGGGCGUCCAACAGGCCAAGAAAGAGCUGCUGGAGCUCGCGUCCCGUAUGGAAAACGAACGUACCAAGGACUUAAUCAUUGAGCAGAGAUUUCAUCGAACAAUCAUUGGGCAGAAAGGUGAACGAAUCCGUGAAAUUCGUGAUAAAUUCCCAGAGGUCAUCAUCAAUUUUCCAGACCCAGCCCAAAAGAGUGACAUUGUACAACUCAGAGGCCCCAAGAAUGAGGUGGAGAAAUGUACCAAGUACAUGCAGAAGAUGGCGGCGGAUCUGGUUGAAAACAGCUAUUCCAUUUCCGUUCCAAUCUUCAAACAGUUCCACAAGAACAUCAUCGGGAAAGGAGGUGCAAACAUCAAAAAGAUCCGUGAAGAAAGCAACACCAAGAUUGAUCUGCCAGCAGAAAACAGUAACUCGGAGACCAUCGUCAUCACAGGCAAGCGAGCCAAUUGUGAAGUUGCUCGAAGCCGGAUCCUUUCCAUUCAGAAAGACCUGGCUAACAUUACAGAAGUGGAGGUGUCCAUUCCAUCCAAGCUUCAUAACUCCCUCAUUGGCACCAAAGGCCGCUUAAUCCGUUCCAUCAUGGAAGAGUGUGGUGGGGUGCACAUUCAUUUUCCCACCGAAGGCUCGGGCAUCGACACCGUGGUCAUCAGGGGCCCUGCCCCAGACGUGGAGAAAGCCAAAAGACAGUUGUUACACCUGGCAGAAGAAAAGCAAACCAAGAGUUACACGGUGGAUCUCCGCGCCAAACCAGAGUAUCACAAAUUCCUGAUUGGCAAAGGGGGCGGGAACAUCCGUAAGGUUCGUGACAACACGGGAGCCCGGAUAAUCUUCCCCACACCUGAAGAUAAGGAUCAGGAGCUGAUAACGAUCAUUGGGACGGAGGAGGCUGUCAGAGAGGCUCAGAAGGAACUGGAGAUUCUCAUUAAAAACCUGGAUAACGUGGUAGAAGACUGCAUGCUGGUGGACCCUCGGCAUCACCGCCAUUUUGUCAUCCGAAGAGGCCAGGUCUUACGGGAGAUUGCUGAGGAGUACGGUGGUGUGAUGGUUAGCUUCCCCCGUUCUGGUACCCAGAGCGAUAAAGUGACACUCAAAGGAGCCAAAGAUUGUGUGGAGGCAGCCAAGAAACGCAUCCAGGAGAUCAUCGAGGACUUGGAGGCCCAAGUGACAAUGGAGUGCGCCAUCCCCCAGAAGUAUCAUCGCUCCAUCAUGGGCCCCAAAGGGUCCCGAAUCCAGCAGAUCACUCGCGACUACGGUGUCCAGAUUAAGUUUCCUGACAGGGAGGAGAACCCAGCCCCCGUUGCUGAGCCCUCUGUUCAAGAAAAUGGGGAAGACAUUGGGGAGGGGAAGUACCUCAGAGAGGCUGACCCCAGCUCUCCAAGAAAGUGUGACAUCAUCAUAAUUUCAGGCCGAAAAGAGAAGUGUGAGGCUGCCAAGGAGGCUCUUGAGGCACUGGUUCCUGUCACCAUCAUGGUGGAGGUGCCCUUUGAUCUCCAUCGCUACAUAAUUGGGCAGAAAGGAAGCGGGAUCCGCAAGAUGAUGGAUGAGUUUGAGGUGAACAUCCAAGUCCCGGCACCUGAACUGCAGUCUGACAUCAUCGCCAUCACUGGCCUCGUUGCCAACCUGGACCGGGCGAAGGCUGGCCUCCUGGAGCGGGUGAGGGAGCUGCAAGCCGAGCAGGAGGACCGGGCUUUGAGAAGCUUUAAGCUGAAUGUCACUGUAGAUCCCAAAUACCACCCAAAAAUUAUUGGGAGAAAGGGGGCAGUGAUCACCCAGAUCCGUAUGGAACAUGAAGUGAACAUCCAGUUUCCUGACAAGGAUGAUGAAAACCAGGCACAGGACCAAAUCACUAUCACAGGGUACGCAAAGAACACGGAAGCUGCUCGGGAGGCCAUCAUGAAGAUCGUCGGGGAGCUGGAGCAGAUGGUUUCGGAGGACGUCUCGCUGGACCACCGCGUCCACGCCCGCAUCAUCGGGGCCCGGGGCAAGGCCAUCCGCAAAAUCAUGGACGAGUUCAAAGUAGACAUCCGUUUCCCACAGAGUGGAGCCCCUGACCCGAACUGUGUGACUGUGACCGGACUUCCUGAUAACGUAGAGGAAGCCAUUGAUCACAUCCUCAACCUGGAGGAGGAAUACCUGGCUGAUGUGGUGGACUCGGAGGCUCUGCAGGCAUACAUGAAGCCCCCUGCCCAUGAGGAGGCCAAGGCGCCAUCUAAGGGCUUUGUGGUGAGGGAUGCCCCCUGGGCCGCGGGCAGCAGCGAGAAGGCUCCUGACAUGAGCAGCUCUGAAGAUUUUCCAAGCUUUGGGGCUCAGGUAGCCCCUAAGACUCUCCCUUGGGGCCCCAAACGAUAAUGAUCAGAACGGAGAAACCUCUCCAGCUGCCAACCUGAAACUGCCCCACCACAAAUACUGUGUCUUAAUCUGACCCAGCGGCUGGAUCCUAUGUAAAUUGUGUGUCCCUUUCCCGCCCCCACCCACCCCGAAAAGGUCUCCUAGUGAAGCCUGGAGUGCUAGGUCCUGCGUGCUGGCCUCGAUGGUUCAUGACCUUAUUUAGCAUCCAGUUUGCACUCAGGAUCUGUUCCUUGACAUCUCCACUCUGGGACAGGCUUUCCACUGUUUUAAACACUAAAAACACAAGUGAAAUGCUUCAUAAUAAAGUAAUUGAGACUUUCUAAGCUUCAUGGUCCACUCAGCAUGUCAUUAAGCACUCUAACCUUCAUUAUGAGAUCUCCCAACUGUGGCGAGGAGUCUACUUCCUGUGUCAUGACCUCAGGAAAUAAAUUUCCUUGACUUUAUGAAAGCCAAAAUGUUUGCCCUCUUCCUUUCCCCAGCCCUUCCACUUCUGGGUGUGUUUUUGGUGAUUGUUUUAUCCCAGGCCUUCCUUUUCAUAGAGCGCAGUCUGUCCAAAAGGCCACUUAGUGCAGGACGUAGAGCGGGGAGAGAGUCAGAUGUGGACGAGGAGGAUCCAGAAUGACUGGCGGGAGUGGCAGAGGGGCCCAGAGAGGCCCCAGGGAUGGAGGUCUGCACAGUUAGCCGGCCCAGGGCUGGUGCGAGACCACCCAGGCUCCACAGACGCAGCACCCAAGCAGCGGCCGCCCCGCAUGAGACAAACCAAUUCAUGGUCCCUUUCCCUAUGUUGUUCCCUUUGAAAGGCAGCCCAUCUUGAGGACAGUAUUACCAGGGUAGACCUUGCUUUGCGGACAGUGUGUAUGCCUUAGGGCACAGCAUGGGGGGUGGGGGGGUUGAGUGUGAACAGCCCGGAUGAAGAACGGCUCCAUCCUUUUUCUUUGUUUCUUGCUUCUUCACCUCCUCAAUCCUGCCCCCCACCCCCCAAACAGAACCAACACUAUUUACAGUUGCCUUCUUUCUACCUCAGAAGCCAGUGUGGUAGUGGUCUCCUGCACCUGGUCUCUUGAUUUAAACUCUUAAGUUUGUCAUUCUUUUUGUUGCCCUGGCAUUCAAGGCUGAAUGCUGUGCUCCCCACAGUAGGAGGUGAACAGGCCCUUCCCUCUGCCCCAUGAGCAGUUGUGGCUUCUCUCGAGGGGCCCUUUUGGUGGCCUGCGAGAGGCAGCUUGUCCUAUUGGCCUGUGUCUGGGGCCGUUCUCGGAUCCCUGGCCGUGCUGGGUGACUGGGGGCAGAAGUAGCUCUCAGAACCAUUUCAGGUUGGGGGGUGGGAGGCUGAAGCCAUUCAUCGGCUCGCCUUGGACCAGAGAGGUGAGACAAAAUGGUGACCGUGAGGAAUGGGUGCUGAGAGAGGAUCUUUCCAUCUUCAAAGGCUCCGUUGUCCAGCUCUCUGGGUGUCUGUCUGGUGGCUAGGCCUGCGCUCCAUAUGUGGACCGGCAUGCUGUGGCAGGGGGAGUGGCUCUCCUGGAGCCCUUGUUCCAGGCCUUCCCCUUAGUGGGUCUGCUCGAGCAGUGUCGUUUGUGGUCUUGGUGCCGGAGGGGAGGGGCCUGGGGGGCUCCAUCCAUCCCCUGCCUCUGACCUCUGGGAGGCCUGGAAGAGCUGCUUUGCCCCCGUGACAGGCUCCUCUUCCCCAGGACCUUCCCCGCUUCUUGUGAAGUGUCGGCAGAAACUUGCUUAGGCAUCCCUUCCCGUAGAUGCCAAGAGUUUCAUGAUAGCCCUUAGCCUGGGUUGCUCUGGCAAAGUUCCCUUGGUUAGAAGCCGGCUUGGGGGUUGUGCUUAUUGGUAAGCAUGAUGACCGGGGGAGGAGUGAGAUAUGGGGGUCCCCGCCGUAUGGUAGAGCUUAUUGUAAGGGGCGGCCAGACUUGGAUCUCACAGAAAAUGGUGCCCCAGGUCUCUAAGGUACCCUGGGGAGGAGGGGGGUGGUCUGUUACCCCGUUGUUUCCCCCCCCUUUCUUCUAGCUGCAAGUGUUUCAGAACCUUUCCUGUUGAUGCCCUUCCCUCAGUCCUCUUUGCACCCUGUCCCCCCUGAUUCUUGUCAUGGUCUGUCGUCCACAACCAUCACCCCUUCCCCAAGUCAGUGAAAUGCCCUUGCAAACCUUUUGCACAUCUCCAUUAACUGCUAAAUGUCUUAGAUGCAAGUUUGAUCCCUAGCAGCAUAUUUGUAAGCCCCUUCCAAAUUCUUGGGACUUGCCCCCACCCCAUCCUUUUAAAAAUAAAGGUCAUGAAAUGAU